AUGAGCCAAGAAUAUCAUCCUGUGGCUACCGCAAUCCCAGCCAUAGAUGAACCAGAUAACGGCAUGGUUUCGGUGGCUGCAGCGGAAGCGACAAAGGACACCAUUGUGGGGCUGACGGAACAGCAAGAGCAUCUUCGAGCGUCCAUCCCAAGCUGGCAAGAUACUUUUUUUGAAGGACGCCAAGAUAUCUGGGGUGUUUUCGAUUUUGACUCGAAAGCCCUGAUCUCGCGUGAUACUAAGGUGAACCUUUUGGCAUCGGUGGUCCUUCUCUGGUUCACCAUUUUUGUGCUUGAGAGUUUAUGGGGGGCAAUCCUGGUCUUCUUUAUCUUUUACAACAAUCAUCGAGCCUGCGUUGGAACCCAUUCCACACGCCAUUUGGCUUUGGUGCGUACAGGCAUCCUGUUCGUGCACGAGCGCCAUCGCACUUGGUAUGGAAUGGCUGGGAGUUCGCAACAAUUGGUUCCGUGGGGUGAUAUCCGCGUGAUUGCCCCCAAGUAUGCCUCUGGAGAUGUGAUCGUUUGCUUUGCAUGUGAUACUCACAGUGUCUGUUUAAGAGAAUAUGACGCUAUCUGUGAUGAAACGGCAGGGGUUAUCUUGGAUAUCCGUGGUAUCAAGGAGGCUGAGGCAUUCGUCAACGUGGUCCAACAAGUCAGUAAGGCAACUGUGAAGGGCAAGAAGCUCCCACAGAACAGUUCCUUUGGUGGUGAUCUUGCUACCGCAACCCCGGUACCGUCGAGCUCAGUGGUGUAA